AUGUCGGGGCCAGAAGGGACGCGACGGCGGUUGCAGCUGGCGCGCAGGUCGCAGGAGGAGGUGCAGGGGUGGUCGGCGAGCGCCCCGACGCCGCUCGGAGACGCGACGCUGAGGCUGCCGGACGGCGAGGAGAUCCCGCUCCCCGCGUUCCGGGACGCCUCCGGCGCAAGGUUCGUCGACGUCCGUUCGCUGUACGGGAAGACGGGCGUGUGUACGUUCGACCCCGGUUUCAUGAGCACAGGCGCAUGUCGCAGCACGAUCACGUUCAUCGACGGCAAGGCCGGCAGGCUGCUGUACCGCGGGUACGACGUGUUGGACCUCGCGCAGCAGGGCGACUGGAUCGACAGCUGCUUCCUUCUGCUGUACGGCAACCUGCCCUCGCUCCACGAACGGGGGGUGUUCCGGCACCGCAUUGAGACCAACAUGCUGGUCCACGUCAGCCUGACCAAGUUCUUCGAGGGGUUCAAGCGCGACGCCCACCCGAUGGCCAUCAUGGUCGGAGUGGUCGGCGCGCUCUCCGCCUUCUUCCCGUUCGACGACAUCUGGAACCCGCGCCUGCGCGACGACGCGUGCAUCAACCUCAUCGCAAAGGUGCCCACGCUGGCCGCCAUGGCGUACAAGCACAGCAUCGGCGAGCCGUGCGUCUACCCGAAGAAGGGCCUCAGCUACGCGGCGAACCUCCUGUACAUGCUCCACGCCGUCCCCACCGAGCCGUUCGUGCUCGACCCCGUCCUCGCGCGCGCCCUCGAGAAGAUCAUCGUCCUGCACAUGGACCACGAGCAGAACGCCAGCACGUCGACGGUGCGCAGCGCCGGGUCGUCGCAGGCGAACCCGUACGCGUGCAUCGCCGCGGGCAUCGCCACGCUGUGGGGCCCCGCGCACGGCGGCGCCAACGAGGCCGUCCUCAAGAUGCUCAUCGAGAUCGGCACCCCGGACCGCAUCCCGGAGUACGUCGCGCGCGCCAAGGACCGCGACGACCCCUUCCGCCUCAUGGGCUUCGGGCACCGCGUGUACAAGACGUACGACCCGCGCGCGCGCGCCAUGCAGGACGUGUGCCGCGAGGUCCUGGGCCACCUGCAGCUCAAGGACCCGCUGCUCGACGUCGCGAUCGAGCUCGAGCGGAUCGCGACGAACGACGAGUACUUCGUCGCGCGCAACCUCUACCCGAACGUGGACUUCUACUCGGGCAUCGUCCUGCGCGCGCUGGGCAUCCCCAUGUCCAUGUACACCGUGCUCUUCGCCGUGUCGCGCACCGUGGGCUGGGUCGCGCAGUGGAAGGAGAUGGCCGAGGAGCUCCCGCCGAAGAUUUCGAGACCCAGGCAGGCGUUCCAGGGGCACAUGGACAGGACCUUCACGCCGAGCGGGGAGGGCCGCCUCUCCAAGUCGCCCGCGGCCACGCCCCCGGACGUGGAGCUGGCGGUGUUGGAGCGCAAGAAACAACAGCACCGCGACAUCGAGCUGCAGGAGGUGUCCAUGGAUUUCGCCUCCGUGCACGUCGCCCAGUAG